CAAUGUGGGACAAUUAAAUGCAAUGCAAAUAUUUGACACGAUUACGUCAGAGAAGAUUUUCUCAGGAUAAUCGGAAAUUCCUAUUGUAAUAAUUGUUUACAGUUAAUAAUUCGUUGCAGAUAGAAGUGUGUUAUUCGAGCGGUGUGUUCGAUGUUUACCGUUUGAAGUGAGAGUAACUGACGCGGGAGUUCCCGAACACACUGUAUACAAUUAUACCUACCUAGUAAUAGGGGUUACCUUCAACUAUGAGCUACCUAAAGGUUUUAUUUCCACUACUCGUGCUCCUCAACGGGGUGAAAACCGACGGUGACAACGAAAAGCAAAAAUACCGCCUAAAUGGAAAUUUAAUACCGUCCACUUACGAGGUUGAAGUAACCGUGAUGGACAACUUUGGAAGCACGGCGCAAUUUUUUGGGAAUGUCAAGAUACGUUUUAGGGCAAAGUUGCAAACUUCGGAGAUUACGUUGCAUUCCAAUAAGUUAAAAUUUGACGCCACGCAUAUCCAAAUAUCCCACGAUCCUCCUCAAACCCCAAUCGCCGUCUCAGACGUCACCUUUAACAGUGCGCUAGAGAUGGUUACCAUUAAAACGCAGUCUCCUAUAUCGAUAAAUAGCUCCUAUAUUCUUUCGGUUAAUAAUUAUGAAGGAUUUUUGGACUUGGACAUGAAUGGGUUUUACCGCAGCUAUUAUAACAAUUCGAAAGGGGAAUCUGAAUGGAUUGCGGUAACACAGUUUCAGCCAACCUCGGCACGAAGAGCUUUCCCAUGCUUCGAUGAACCACAAUACAAAGCAAAAUUUGACGUGGUUAUUAAUCAUCCUUUAGAUUACUACGCUGUGAGUAACGCUGAGAUUAAAACUAUUGAACUUAUUUUUAGAACUUCCACAAAGUCAAAGAAAACGAUUUUUAAUUCUUCGCCUAUUAUGUCCACCUACUUAGUUGCAUUUGCCGUUACGAAAUACGCGGCCAUGACGGUUUCGACGAAUAAUAUAAAGCAUUCGAUAUGGUCAUCAAUGGAAACGAUACGCGAUAGCCAAUACGCAUUGUCUGUUAGUCCAAAAUUACUCAAAGUCAUGGAAAAUUUUACCAAAAUACCUUAUUCAGUAUCGGGGCUAACAAAGCUUGACCAAUUUUCAAUACCCGAUUUUUCGGCAGGUGCUAUGGAAAACUGGGGAAUGGUCACAUACAGGGAAACAGCAAUUCUUUGGGAUCCCUAUGAAAACAGUCGACGAAACAAGCAAAGAGUGGGAACUGUUGUGGCCCACGAACUGUCACAUAUGCUUUUCGGAAAUUUAGUUACCACAAAAUGGUGGUCAAGUACCUGGCUUAAUGAAGGAUUCGCCACCUUCUUUGAGUACUUUUCACUUGCCCAGAUUGAAAAUGAUUGGGAGUUGGAUUUGCAAUUCAUCAUUGAAGAGCACCAACGCGUUCUUGUCUCCGACUCUUUAGAAAAAGCGAAACCGCUGACAAAUCCGAAUGUUUUUACUCCAGGUGACAUUAGCGGUAUGUUUGGUUCUAUUAGCUAUAGUAAAGGCGGCAGCGUUAUUCGUAUGAUGUCUUUAUUUCUGGGCGAAACGACAUUUUUCGAUGGCUUAAAUCUCUACCUCACAGAUCUUAAAUUUAACUCCAGCGAACCAGAAGAUCUCUUCAAAAAAAUACAAGAAAAGGUAGAGGUGAGCAACCAGCUGCCUACUAAUCUGUCGGCCAUUAUGAAUUCGUGGACGGAAAAACACGGAUUUCCAAUGAUUACGGUUAACAAAUCUGAUAGCAACUUAAUUCUUACACAGUCCCAAUUCUUUUCAAAUACCACACCGCCUACUAAGUGGUACAUACCAGUCACUUAUACCACGUCCGUUGAAAAAAAGUUUAGUGACCUAAAAGCGAAAAAGUGGAUGUUGCCGACUGAAUCAGAAACUGUGAUCAACGGCGUUUGGACCCCUCAAGUUAGCUGGGUCAUUCUUAACGUUGGCGUUUCAGCGUUUGUGAGGGUUAACUACGAUGACGCCCUUUGGACUGGUCUACAACAUGCAUUGCACAAGGAAAACUUCGACGGUAUCACGCCAAUCAACAGAGCCCAAAUCGUGGACGACGCAAUGAAUCUGGCCCGUGCGGAUGUUCUAACUUAUGAAAGGGCAUUCAACAUCAUCUCCUUCCUACAGAAGGACAACGACUACUACCCAUGGCAAUCUGCCUUCAAUGCAUUUGUGUAUUUAAGGAGAAGAAUUGAUAAAGAGUCUGCUUUGGGCAAAUCUCUUGAUAAACACAUCCAACGUAUGAUGAACACUCUGUACAAGAGCGUCGAUUUUAAUAACAACAACAAACGACACGUUGAAAUGCUAAAAAAAGCAAUGGCUUUGACUUGGGCUUGUCAAUUGAGCGUUAGCGACUGCACAUCGCAAGCCCAAGCCCUUUUCACCGAUUAUAUGACCAAAAAUAAAACGAUUGAUCCCAAUCUGCGAAGUGUGGUAUACUGUACUGCUGUAAGAUCGACAGGCAAAUCUGAAAACUGGGAAUAUUUAUGGAAGAAACUAGAACAAAGUCAAAGGGCCUCUGAAAGUGUCACAAUAAUAUCGGCUUUGGGAUGCACACAAAACACCAAUCUCCUCCAUAGGUAUUUGAACGAGUCAAUCAAAGAGAACUCUACGAUACGAAGACAGGACGGGCAGUCAGUUUUCAACUCGGUUAUAUCAGGAAGCUCAAAAGGAGUUGCUAUCGGACUUCAAUUUCUAAUAGAUCAUUUUGAAUCGAUUUCAACAAGCUAUGGCGGUAUGAAUGCUUUGACUAGUGUUAUUAACGGAUUAGCUGAUCGAUUAACGACAAAGGAAGAUGUUGCAAGGUUAGAAGAGUUUAUAUCGAAGAAUAGGGAUAAAUUAAAGGAUGCGGCGACCGCAGCUGAUACUGCAAUCGAAACCGCAAAGAAGAAUUUGGAAUGGGUUGUGAAGAAUGAAAAGGAGCUGAUGCAGUACCUUCAGAAUACGGAUGAAGGGAAGGGCAAUGAUAGUAACAAAGUCAAAAGCACGUUUGUGCUUGUUUUUACCUUUGUCGGUGUUGCGUUAAAAAGAUGGUUGUAGCCAUUAGUGUAGGUGUAUUAUAGAUAAUUUUACUGUUACGGAGUAAGUACCUAAUCCUAAAGUGUUAACUACUGUGGCUAACUAAAUAGCCAAUAAAGCUUUUUAAGAUUA